AGGUCAUGUUGUGUGUGACAUCUUGCUGAGUCAUCAAUUCUGGUGUUUUGUUGUUCUCAAGAUAUUGUUACUUCUACUUAUUCUGGUGUGGAUCAACGAGAUGGAGUGUAACAAAACUCUUGCCACAUUGAUUACCAUGGCAUUUACAGCAGCCAUUGGUGUGUUGUUAUUAUUUGUUGGCUGUGCGGUAACUUUCCCUGGAGAAAAACCAGGCCUUCUCGGCUACAAUUGGUGGGGAGUAUUCAUGAUACUGCUAUAUAUGAUGUCUCCAAUCCCACUGGGACUCGCUCGGUGUUGUAAGAGUCGAGAUGCUUUCUCCUCUGAGAGUCUCUCCAUUCUGUUGGACAUUAGUUAUUUCCUGUCAGCAUGUAUAGUGGUAUCAGGCUUUGGCCUACCACUGGUACUAGCAAGGCAGAGUGUGAUACAACCGGCAGCUGGAGCAAUGAUAGCAGGUGCCAACAUCUUUGCCUUCGGAACUGUUUACUCAUACUUCGUGUUCUUUGGCCAUGAAGAUGAGUGGGACUGGUCAAGUGGAAACUUUUAAUCAGUUCUCUUGCAUGUGUCUGUUCUGUUCUGUUUCGACAACUUUUAUCUCAUCAUUGAUAUACUAGUCUAUAAGUACUUAGACGUGUUGGUAUGAUAAUUAUUAGGAAAACGA